UUAUCUUAUUAUAAGCAUUCGGCAAUUUAAACGGUCAGUUGAGCUCCAUGUCUUCGACUUUGUCUUUCUCAUUUACUACUCUGUUUUCACUAAAGCCAAUAUCAACAUCAACCACAAGAAAAAACCGAGUCCUCCGAUCAAAGAAACCCUCUUUCAAAGUAAUCUUCAGUGAGCAAAGACGCUCAGCUAGUUACCAUCCUACCAUCUGGGAAACUAAACACAUCGAUUCUUUCUUUACUCCCUAUAAUUAUGAGUUACACUCUGAACGACUAGAGGAGUUGAAACAACUUACUCGUAGUUCACUUAGAGCCAGAAAAGACUCUUGUACACUCUUGAAGCUAAUUGAUUCGAUCCAAAGAUUGGGAGUGGAGUAUCACUUCGAAAAUGAGAUCGAAGAAGCUGUUUCUUUGAUUUAUGCAGAUGAUGAUCAAACUAGUAAUCUCUACAUAACAGCACUGAGAUUUCGUAUUCUUAGACAACAUGGCUUAUUUGUUGGCUCUGAUGUGUUUGACAGAUUUAGAGGCAAAGAUGGGAGAUUCUUAGACAGCUUAAGCAGCAACGUGCACGGAAUUUUGAGUUUGUAUGAAGCUUCACACCUUGGAAUGCCUGAAGAAAAUGUCUUGGAGGAAGCCAAGAGUUUCACCACCAAAAUGCUGAAAUAUUUCUCAGCUGGGAAAAUGGAUAGUUUCUUAUCUAAGCAAGUGAAACAAUCACUAGAAGUUCCACUAUAUUGGAGGAUGCCAAGAUUUGAAACUAGGAACUUCAUUGAUCUGUACCAAAUGGAUGAGGCAAAGAGUGCGACUUUGCUUGAGUUAGCUCAGUUGGAUUAUAAUCUGGUCCAAUCUCUGCAUCAGAAUGAGCUUAAGGAGUUGGGAAGGUGGUGGAGAGAUUUGGGAUUCAAGGAAAACCUACCAUUUGCAAGAGAUCGAGUGAUGGAGAAUUAUUUGUGGGCUAUGGGAAUCUUAUCUGAGCCACACUUCUCCAAAUGCAGAAUAGGCCUAACCAAAUUUGUUUGCAUAUUAACUGCAAUAGAUGAUGUAUAUGACAUAUAUGGAUCAUUAGAUGAGCUUGAACUUUUCACAAAUGCGGUAAACAGCUGGGACAUAAUGGCAAUAAGGGACGAGUUUCCACUUUACAUGAAAAUAUGCUAUCUUGGCAUGCUUAAUUUUGGUAAUGAACUGAUCUAUGAUGUUCUUAAAAACCAUGGUUUGAACAUUUUGCCCUACAUCAAAGAAGAGUGGUUAAAUCUUUGCAAAUCAUAUCUUAUAGAAGCAAGGUGGUUUUAUAGUGAAUACACACCAAGUUUGGAUGAAUACUUGAAAAAUUCGUCUACUUCAGUUGGUGGUCAUGCAGCUUUAGUUCAUGCUUGUAUUUUACUCUUAGAUUGCCCCAUAGGCAAAACCUCUCUGGAUUACAAGUUCAAAUAUUUUGACUCUGAGCUUAUUUAUUGGUCAUCUCUCAUAACAAGGCUUAGUGAUGAUUUAGGAACUUCAAAGGAUGAGAUUAAGAGAGGAGAUGUGAAGAAAUCAGUGGAGUGUUACAUGGAAGAGAAAGGUACAUCGGAAGAAGAAGCAAUAAAACACAUAAAAGAAUUGAGAUGCAAUUCAUGGAAAAUGGUGAACAAGGAGAUAAUUCUCUGCAAUAAUGGCUUGCCAAAAUCAAUAGUGAAGAUGUGUUUGAACAUGGCAAGAACUGCCCAAUUCAUAUUCCAACACGGUGAUGGAAUUGGUACAUCGACUGGGGUGACCAAAGAUCGAUUAACAUCAUUGAUUGUCAAACCAUGCACCGACAUUCAAACCAAUGGAGUUGAGGAGUGAGAAAUAGUAAGCUUAAAAAGGAAAAACAAUGAUUGAAGUCCUUCUAAUAAAAUAACGGAAAACCCAUGCACCUUCCACUUAAAUAUAAUUAUUUUAUAUGUAUCAUCGGACAGAGAAAUAGCUAAACCUCAGUGAAUGGUUAGUAGGCCAAUGUAAACUGUCCCUAAUAAUUUUGUCAUAGAUAUUUUUAGUAAAGCAGAGCAGGCACUAGCCUCUGGGCCCCAUCUUGAGUGAUACUCCAAUAAUUUUUAUUUUGGGUAAGAUUCCUAGAAGGAAGAGUUUGAAAUAAUAAUGGUUGUUAUCUUGUUUUA